AUGGAAAUUGAAGAUGAAAAUGUGGAUGAUUUGGUGAAAGAAUGGAUUAAAUAUGUAGAGACUGAAGAAGGGGCUGUUGAAAUUGAACGACCGCAAAAAAGGAAGAGGAAAGGGAAAAAAACAUCAACUAUUUGGGAACAUUUUACUAUGGUUAAGAAAAAAGUAAAAGGUAAAAAUAAUAAAGAGGAAAAAGAAGAGGAUAGAGCAGAGUGCAACUAUUGUGGAGCUGAUUAUGCAGUUGAUAGUAAGUAUUGUGGGACUAGUACAUUGUGGAGUCAUGUUGAGAAAAAGUGCAGGAAGUGUCCAUUUAGUGAUUGGGUAGAGCAGAAUAAGAAACAAACAAUGAUAACUCAAUUUACAAAGAAGACUCCUGAUUCUGAAGUUAACUCAAGUGGGACUACCACAAUGAAGUUUAGUCAGAGAAAAGUGAGAGAAUUGAUUAGCAAGUACUUCAUUAUUGAUGAGCUUCCCUUUAGGCAUAUUGAAGGGAAAGGGUUCCGCUUGCUUGUUACUCAUUUUUUUCCAAAAUUUGACUUUCCUUCAAGAUUUACAAUUGCUCGUGAUAUCUACCAAUUGUUUUUGGAGGAAAAGAAAAAAUUGAGAAAUGAAUUUUUCAAUCGUAGGUUGUCUUUAACUACUGAUUGUUGGACUUCCAUACAAAAUAUUAGUUACAUGUGCCUAGCUGCUCAUUGGAUUGAUGACAAUUGGAAGAUGCAAAAAAGGAUUAUUAGUUUCAUUCAGGUUCCUAGCCAUAAAGGUGACAUGGUUGCAAAAGAACUGAUCAGUUGCCUCAAUCAUUGGGGGAUUACUCAACUUUUCUCUAUCACUGUUGACAAUGCCUCUUCAAAUGAUGUAGCUUUGAGAAAAUUCAAGGAAUAUUUGUCUGAAAAACCAAAUGCUUUAGUUUUGGGUGGAGAGAUGUUUCAUAUGUGGUGUUGUGCACAUAUUCUGAACUUGGUUGUUAGUGAUGGUUUAAAAGAAAUGAGUUAUGCCAUUUCUAGCAUAAGGAAUGCAGUUAGGUAUGUGAGAUCUUCACCAGCUAGGUUGAAGAGGUUCAAAGAAGCAUGUAAAGAUGUAAAUGUUGAAUCGAAAGCUUUAUUAUGUUUAGAUGUGGUGACAAGGUGGAACUCCACCUACAUGAUGCUAGAGGCUGCAUUGAAGUUUAAGAAAGCUUUUAGGUAUUUGGAAAGGGAUGCAACUUACACAAAGUAUUUUGAAGAAGAAAGAUUCAGUGGGUCAUUGUAUGUCACAUCAAAUCUUUUCUUCCAAGAGAUUCUUGAAGUUCAAGUUGAGCUGAAUGAUAUGAAGAGUAGUACAGAUGAGUUGAUGAGUAAAAUGGCGGGGAGCAUGCAGUUGAAGUUUGACAAGUAUUGGGGCAAUGUUGAGAAGAUUAAUUUGUUGCAAUAUAUUGCCUCUAUUUUGGAUCCAAGAUUCAAAUUGGAUGUUGUUCAUAACGGUUUCAGGUAUCUCUAUGAUCCCAUUCUAGCUUAA